AUGAAGUCCUACGUUGCCAUCACCGCCGCUGGCGCCAUCAUCGGUGCUGCCGUCAACGGUAUGCCCGUUCUGGACAACCAGGCUGCUGUCAACGGCCUUGGCGCUCAGAUUCCCGCCCAGGCUGGCAUCGCUGGCUUCAAGCACGACAUUCGCAAGGGUCUUGGCUUCAACGCUUCCAAGCCCAUCAUGAGCAUCAGCUCCGAGGCCUUGGUCGUUCACCAGACCACCACCAUGGCCGACUACAAGCAGCCCAUGGCUACUGAGGUCAACAAGUGCACCACUUUCCCGAUCAGCGAGCCCGCUCUUGGACUCACUGGCAUCAUGGAGAUGUGUGCUCCCAUGAAGACGACUCUCAACAUGGACAUUGGAACCAAGACCACUCUCGAGCAGGUCAACGCUCCCAUUGUCACCGCUCCUCACAUUACCUCCGCUCUCUCCAUCGAGAUUGCCACCGCUGCUCCUGUCGAGCAGUCUACGACCAUGGAGAUCCACGAGCGCGUCUCCAGCUGGUGCGUCACCGCGACUAGAACCGAUGGCUCCAAGCCCUACAUCUGCACCGCUGGUGUGGAUAAUUACCCUCGUCCCCCUGGCACUGCCACCUUCAUCUACACUCCCUUCUCUGGUCCUACCCCCACUACCCCCUCCUUCUUCCUCACUACCUUCAGCGAGGAUCCUGCGAUGCCCUCGAUCGCUCCCGACUACACUCCCUUCGCUACUCCUACCACUUCGGAGCCCAGCUUCUUCCUCACUACCUUCAGCGAGGAUCCCGAGAUGGUCGCCGCUGCUUCUACCUCGACUCCUCUUACCACCUCGUCCACUGAGUAUAGCAUCAUCGGCGCCCCGAUUGUUACUCGUGCCACUACUGUCGAGCCCGUCAUCACUGAGACUCAGACUGUCUUCGUUACGGCCUCGGCUUAG